UUACCCGCCGUAUACGCACCCGAGUCCGACCUAAACCAGCUGCAGCGAAGCGUCCUAUUCUACCCAUUAACGGCGACGAGUCACUUUCUCGCCGUGGUCUCCGGCGGAAAGGAGCGGUGUGGUGGAGAGCAGCAAAGUCGAGGAGGAGUCAGAGGUGAGGACGAGAGAGAUGGUAUCGUCGCCGGUGGUAAACACUUACCCUCUUACCAACUACACCUUCGGGGCGAAGGAGCCCAAGAUGGAGAAGGACACGUCCGUCGCUGAUCGUCUCGCACGCAUGAAGCUCAAUUAUAUGAAAGAAGGCAUGAGGACAAGUGUUGAAGGGAUUUUGUUGGUUCAGGAGCACAACCACCCACAUAUACUGCUACUGCAAAUAGGAAAUACUUUCUGUAAACUCCCUGGUGGACGUUUGAAACCUGGAGAAAAUGAAAUUGAAGGCUUGAAACGAAAACUGUUCAGCAAACUUGCGCCAAGUUCAGCUUCCUUUCAGCCAAAUUGGCAGAUCGGGGAGUGUGUUGCUACUUGGUGGAGGCCAAACUUUGAGACAGUAAUGUAUCCAUACUGCCCUCCUCACAUUACAAAGCCAAAGGAAUGCAAGAAGCUUUUCAUUGUCCACCUCUCAGAAAGAGAGUAUUUUGCUGUUCCUAAGAACUUGAAAUUGCUUGCCGUUCCAUUAUUUGAACUAUAUGACAAUGUUCAGAGAUACGGACCUGUCAUUUCUACAAUUCCUCAACAGUUGUCAAGGUUCCAGUUCAACAUGGUCACAUCAUGAAACUGGCGGAUUAAGCCAAGCAGGAAAUCACCUACGGCGAUUUAAUUUGAUCGUUUGUGAUGGAUAAUACUUUGAGAUUUUAAUCGUAUGCUUGAAGGAAUGUUUUUUUUUACCUAUUCUUCAUUUCUCAGUCAAAAUUUUCCUAGUAGGUCCUGUUGGAAGUAUCCGAGAUCACUUCAAUUUGAUGCUGGAAACCAUUUACUUUUAUCUCGACCAUUUCCUUUGCUUUUUGGCACGUUGGAAGGAUAGGAAUGGGGAGAACGCUGAUGAUGAGUAGCAAUUGCAGCAUAAGGUGAAAAAUCACUUAACAGUCCCUUCAAGAUGGUCCUCGAAGGGGAUAAAUUAUGAGGGUGUUUUGUCCAGAGGACUCAGGACAGUAGUAAUAUUGCAGUGCUUUUGUGUAAGUCGGUGCAAAAUAAUUUUCAGAGAGAUGUUGAUAUGGCCUCUGUGCCACAAUGAUUGGACAAUUAUAUAUUUAAUUUUAAUAAUAAAUAGACAGUCUUUUCUUUUGAUUUA